GCGGAAAGAUUUAGUGUAUCGUCAGGCUAAUUUUGCACGGCGUAAUAGGCUCCACCUGCAGAACAGGUGCUACCACAUAGCUCCACCUGUAUCACAGAAGUGAGGAAUAACGAGGCAACGCAACAGAAAGCCGUAUUUGGAUUAAUAACAAUGAAUUUAUCACAUUAAUACAACUAUAACCACGAUUUGAACAUUAAAUAACAUUCGAUAUAGUCCUAAAAAAUCGGGAAGACAGAAUUCAAGGAUUGUAUGAAAUGCACACUUGAAAAUGAAAGUUUUUGAAAGUUUUAACCUUUGUGGACAUGCUGUCUCCGUUGUAAUUGUUUUGUCGCUGGCACUAUGUGAGUCUUCAUCCCACAUCAUGCCUACCUCCUCAUCCACAGCUGGAGAGAGCUCAGUGCUGCAUGGUGAUUCCAUACAGUUUGACUUGGUCCCAGACAUAGUGAUGCAUGGCUCAGUGGUCCAAGUUAGUUACCAGUGCUCCAGGGCCUGUGAGGUGGGAGUGGAGGUGGUGGUCUCCACACAGACAAAGACAGGAGUGGCUGUCUUCAGGAGGAGAUGGACCAACCACAGACGCCUCCGUGUCCCCAGGACUCAUCCAGUGAAGCUUUGGUUCCCUCCAGGCAUGGCCUACAGAAAGGACCUCCCCAUGAGGCGCACAUUGGACGUCCAUAAUGUGAUGGUUCGAGCCUGGUUGGACCACCUUGAGCAAGGCAAAGGAGACAAAGGCCAUGUGAAGAGGACCAGCACAUACAAUGGGUCCCUGGUGAGGACGUUCAAAGUGCUUCAGGCAGUACUUCCCUCUGAGCGUCCAGCUAGACUUUAUCCUGGGUGCCCCUCCUGGAUGGCUGAUCUUAUGUGGCAGCUGACCAGAGACAGAAUCCGCCAGUGCCCACAUGAGUCAGACACUGUGGAUAUAUUGACAUUUCCAAUGGUUAGCACUGGAAAGAGUUUUGGAGUGAUUCGCAAGAUCCACCCUUUCAUCAACAGAGAUCUUGAGAGAGAUCGUGUCCUCACUGUGGAGCAGCCCAGUAUCACAGUGUCUAUAUGGGUCUUUCUGGUGCAGUGGUGUGACAAGGAACUGUGUGGAAUCAUCCAUCAUGUUGAUCAGAACAGCAAAUACGACACUCCUCUGAUGCAGCUCACUAACACAGGAGAUAUCAUAAUUCAGGUUCGUGUGGUGUCUGGGGGAGAUAAGGCAUUCAGAGCCCACACAGCUCUGCCUCUCUGGACCUGGAUCAGACUAGACUGCUUCAUACAAGGCUCUAAGGUGACACUGCAAGUUAAACCUGAAAUGGCAUCGGGAGGAAUGGUGGGGAACACACACAUAUUUGACUUUCAGAGUGACAUCCAUUACAAUGACACUGGUGGAUACUUUGUGAUUGGAGGGGGCAGGUUCAUGCCAGGUUUCCAUGGCUAUUUUGGACCAAUCAAAUACUAUCGUUUGGGCACAGAAAAGGUGAUCAACUUCCUUUCCCCUGCCAAGACAUUAGAGGGCCUGGAAAAGACUCACAGAGAGUGUGAUGUUAUCAGAGAAGUCACUGCAGCCUUUCUUCAGGCUGUGACACACAACCAGGAAGUCUUUAUGACAGGUUUGUGUCACUCUCACUACAUCAGUUUAUGGAGAAGGUUUGGACAGAAUACAUGUAGGCAGACAUGGACCUGGGAAGCACAGAAGAAGCACCGUGUACUUUUCACCUUCUUAGAGACCCAGCUAAAGGACUUCACCACAGGAACUAAGAACAGGAGAUCACCCCUUUACCUUGGAAGCAGAUUGUUUGAGCAUGUAGUGAAUAGACUGUCCAAUAGAGGAAGCAACCAGAUGGACUCCACCACCACCACCUCCUCCCUGAUAGCCCUGCUGCAGAUGUCCUCCUGCUAUGGCUACCACCACUCCUCCUUGCUGCUCUCCACCAUCCACCUGGCUGGCCUGGGGGCCCCUGUGGACCAACAGCAGGGUCAUGUCUACAGUCUGAUUGGUGCCCUGGGAGACAACCGUUUAGCCCUCAUGCAUUUGGGCUACAAACACACACAAGGAAUUGACGGGUUCCCCAAAGACUUUGACAUGGCAUACAGUUACUACUCCAAUGUUGGGGCACAGACCAGUAUUGACCAAGGCCGGGUACUGGGGAAUCAGCAACAUAUCACGGAGCACAUUCUUAUAAGCAACGAGGACCACCUGAACAGCCUAACUCAUGAGACAGGUGACACCUUUCAGUAUAUCAAACUUCAAGCUGACAGAGGAGACGUUGAAUCACAGAAACUUCUUGCAAAGCUUCUAUUCUGGGGUCAAAAUGGUGUCUCUAAGGACGUUGGGAGUGCAGUUAAGUGGUAUGCUAAGAGUGCCAUGGAGCUGGAGGAUCCUGCAGCGAUGUAUGAGUACUCUAUCUUAUUAUUUAAGGGACAGGGGGUGAAGAGGAACAUGACUCUGGGUCUUCAGAUAUUGGAGAAAGCUGCAGCCAAGGGUUCAGUCCAAGCCUUGAAUGGGCUGGGAUGGUAUUACAGCACCAUACUGAGAGACUACAAGACUGCCUACAAGUACUUUGAACAGGCUGCCCACAAUGGCAGUCAUGACGGCAUGUUUAACCUGGGUGUGUAUCACUUAAAUGGGAAGAACCCACACAACCCAGAAAAGAAUGAGACUGCUGCGUUUCAUCUCUUCCUAAACUCCUCCCUCUAUGGUCACGUGGACGGGGCGGUGGAGGCGGCCUGGUACCUGUCCACAGGAAACCUGGAGGGGGUCUCCCGGGACACAGAGAGGGCUGUGAUCAUGCUGAAACAGAUCUGUGAGCAGAAUGGUUACCUGGGAUACAUCGUAAGAGAGGCUCUCCAAGCCUACCUCCAGGGCUUCUUGGGAGAGGCUCUGGUCAGGUAUGCCUUUGCCGCUGAAACAGGUUUGGGAGUGGCCCAGAAUAAUGUUGCCUACCUAUGUGAGGAGUUGAAGCAGAGCUAUGAUUGUCAAUGGAGGUAUUAUAACCAUUCCACAAUGAACUAUGCCCCACAUGAUUCUGGUUUGCUGAAGAUGGGCGACUACUACUACUCAAGCAGCAGGCUAGGAGCUGUUGAUCAGGCUAUAUCACUGUACAGCAGAGCAGCCCUUGCAGGCAGUUCUCAGGGAAUAUAUAAGUUGGUGGUUUUGGCAGAAGAGGGACAUGAUGUCCCAUUGAUCAUCAGAGACAGAUUAAACAUAUCAAUUCAUGAUGGGCUCGACAUUGUGGUGGAGAGACUCUUACAAAGAUGUGUAGAGUUGGAUGAAGAUGAGGAUCUGACACCAUGUACUUUAACUCUACUCAGAGUCCGCAUGGGAAAAUCCUGGAGAAAAAUGACUCAAGACCCUAUACAGCUGUCACUGGUUUACAUAUCUGUCGUUACUCUCAUCAUUGCUCUCAUUACUGUGCUAAUCCAAAGUGCUCUUGAGUGUCUCCAAGUGCACAUCCCAGCUGGACAACAUAGGCAUACCACUGACCGUGCAGUAGAUGACAGGACAGGGACAUCCCCUGUCAAUCAAGCAGAAGUCAAUGGGAAUGGACAGCAGGAUCAGAAUGACCCCAUCAGGAGAGAAGACAGAAUGUCCAGAACUGUUAGAAUGGCCCAGGGUCUAUGGUCCAUUCUACUGAGUGAUGGACAGAGAGUGCAGCAGACAGUUGACCUGGCUGUUACUGUGUCUGGGGUGUGUCUCUGUGUCCUCUGCACAUUGAUCCUCCAUCAUCUGCUCUGAUAGUUGUCUUACACAGCACAGGAAAUGCCUGAGACAGAAGAUAACAUAUAAAGGAAUGUAUAUGCUUUAUGUUGGGAAGCAAGCCUGUAAAUAUUAUAAAACUGCAUUUUCUGAGAUAUCUGACUAAUUUUAACUGACAAGUGGGAGUGAACAGACUCAUAUGACUGAUACAGAUGUAGGAUCUUAAUUUGAUCACUCUUUUGUUGCUGAGAAGUUUUCUGUACAGCAGGAAAUGCAGAUGAACUUUGUGAUUUGCAUAAAUUCACUGAAAACUCACAUUUACAAACAGUUACAUUAACAGUAUUGCACUUUUCAUGUAGCCUACUUUUGGCCAGCUAAUAGCCUAACCGCUGAGCAACAUUGUGGACUAAAUGUUCAAAACCUGUUGCUGCAGGAUUAUUUUUCUGUGACAAUAUAGGGCAAAUUAAGAUCUUACAUCUGUAGGUGUAUGAGUCUGCUAUCUGUUUGUUUUGUUUCAGCCACAUGGUGCUGAAUCACACGUUUUUUUCUGGGGCUCCUAAACGUCUGUCUGUUUGGGGCCGGUACGUUAGGUUAGUCCAAGGCCGAUCAGAAGGACUAGUGUUUGCUGGUUAACUUAUUACAGUUUUUGUCUGAACAAUUGUCCAGAAUCUGCUUGAUUUAUUGGUAAGGGUUAUGAAUCAUACGUACAGUUAAAGUCUGAAGUUUACAUACACCGUAGCCAAAUACAUUUAAACUCAGUUUUUCACAAUUCCUGACAUUUAAUCUUAGUAAAAAUUUCCUGUCUUAGGUCAGUUAGGAUCACCACUUAAUUUUAAGAAUGUGAAAUGUCAGAAUAAUAGUAGAGAUCUUGGUGGUUCCAAACUUCUUCCAUUUAAGAAUAAUGGAGGCCACUGUGUUCUUGGGAACCUUCAAUACUGCAGAAAUGUUUUGGUAUCCGCUCCUGUAUCGGAGCUUUACGGACAAUUCCUUCGACCUCGUUGCUUGGUUUUUGCUCUGACAUGCACUGUCAACUGUGGGACCUUAUAUAGACAGGUGUGUGCCUUUCCAAAUCAUGUACAAUCAAUUGAAUUUACCGCAGGUGGACUCCAAUGAAGUUGUAGAAACAUCUCAAGGAUGAUCAAUGGAAACAGGAUGCACCUGAGCUCAAUUUCGAGUCUCAUAGCAAAGGGUCUGAAUACUUAUGUAAAUAAAAAAAACUAGAUUUCUGUUUUAAAUUGUUCAUACAUUUGCGAAAAUGUCUAAAAACCUGUUUUCAUUUUGUCAGGUGCAUUAGGGACACUCAUGUGAUAAUAAUAAAUGCCAUUUAGCAGACACUUUUAUCCAUAGCAACUUACAAUCAUGCAUGCAUACAUUUUAGAUAUGGGUGGCCCCAGCGGGAAUCAAACUGACAAUAUUUGCUGUUGUAAGCGCCAUGCUCUACCGAAUGAGCCACACAGGACCACCUAUGUUGUAACAAUCUGUCAGUCGAUGACACAGUCGAUGAUGUAGCACGCAACCAUUGGUUGAUGUCUGCAAUGUCUGGGCAGGAGCAAAAGUACUAUCCUUUGCUUGCUCAUAGUUAAAAUCCCAUGAUGUACACCAGAUGACAUCAUCCAGAAUAGCAUUUUAUAUUGUGAUUAACAAGAUGCUUCAUGAUGGUUAAAUGCAGCUGUGUCAGUUAGGAUUACCACUUAAUUUUAAGAAAGUGAAAUGUCAGAAUAAUAGUAGAGAUAAUCAUUUAUUUCAGCUUUUAUUUCUUUCAUCACAUUCCCAGUGGGUCAGAAGUUUAAAAAACUCAAUUAGUAUUUGGUAGCAUUACCUGUAAAUUGUUUAACUUGGGUGAAACAUUUCGGGUAGACAUUUCGGGCAAACUUCCACAAACCUACACAAUAAUUUUGGCCCAUUCCUCUUGACAGAGCUGACCCAUUUGCGACCAAGCUCUAACUUCCUGACUGAUGUCUUGAGAUGUUGCUUCAAUAUAUCUCAUGAUGCUAUCUAUUUUGUGAAGUGCACCAGUCCCUCCUGCAGCAAAGCACCACCACAACAUGAUGCUCCCACCCUCGGGCUUCACGGUUGGGAUGGUGUUCUUCGGCUUGCAAGCGUCCACCUUUUUCCUCCAAACAUAACGAUGGUCAUUAUGGCCAAACAGUUCUAUUUUUGUUUCAUCAGACCAGAGGACAUUUCUCCAAAAAGUACAAUCUUUGUCCCCAUGUGCAGUUGCAAAGCGUAGUCUUGUCUUUUUUAUGGUGGUUUUGGAGCAGUGGCUUCUUCCUUGCUGAGCUACCUUUUCAGGUUAUGUCGAUAUAGGACUCGUUUUACUGUGGAUAUAGAUACUUUUGUACCUGUACCCUCCAGCAACUUCACAAGGUCCUUUGGUGUUGUUCUGUGAUUGAUUUGCACUUUUCUCACCAAAGUAUGUUCAUCUUUAGGAGAUAGAAAGAGGCACUGAGUUUGAAGGUAGGCCUUGAAAUACAUCCACAGGUACAUCUCCAAUUGACUCAAAUGAUGUCAAUUUGCCUUCCAGAAUCUUUUAAAGCCAUGACAUCAUUUUCUGGAAUUUUCCAAGCUGUUUAAAGGCACAGUCAACUUAGUGUAUGUAACUUCUGACCCACUGGAAUUGUGAUACAGUGAACUAUAAGUUAAAUAAUCUGUCUGUUAACAAUUAUUGGAAAAAUGACUUGCCAAAACUAUAGUUUGUUAACAAGAAAUGUGUGGAGUGGUUGAAAAACGAGUUUUAAUAACUCCAACCUAAGUGUAUGUAAACUUCCGGCUUCAACUGUAACUAUGAUGGGUUACCCAGAGUAAAUAUGGUGGGUCCACAAGAGUAUGUGCAGUGUGUGCAGCAUUCCUAGACCCUUGCCCAGGGUUAAGUCUGAAUUUUAUUCAUGCAAUGAACUGUCUGUUCUCAGUAUGUGGGUCAAUGAGUGAGAUAUGAUUGUAUUCUGUGAAACACACUACGCCCCGUCUUCAUGUAGAUACAGUACUUCAGAUAAGGAUUUCGUAUUAUGGGGAUGGUAGAACUGUUACUCUGUAUCUGAGUUAUGGAUUUCAUAAUAGGUUGGGGAACUUUGAGGAGUUAAACAGCAGCAUCCUUUCUAGUAUUUGCUUGAUCAGCUGUUAUUUACAGCAUAAACUGCAACUGUUGGGGGGCUCUCUCUUUCUCAUUAAUAUGCAGUUAUUUAAUCAUUAUGUGACGAUUGAUAUUACCUUGAAUCUUGGCAACAACAAACACUGUGGCCAAAUGUAAUAAAUGUGACAGUUUAACUGCUGUCACGUUGUACUUUGUAAUACUGUUCUGUUUAGUCAAACUCAUUUAAUAGAAAUGUUUCCCAAGGGCAACCUUUAUAAUCAUUUAUGUUUUUUUUUCAUGGAGACUUUUUGACUUUGUCAACAUCCAGGACAUACAGAGAUUGAGUUGAUGUGUGGUCUCAGCCAUGCAUUAUACCAUAGUCUAUAAACUGUCCUUUCAGAAAAUAAAGACCAAC